AUGUACCCUGAUUUAUACAAGGGGCUGAACCUGAGGCCGGAGGAUUUGACAGCUUACGACUCUCCCCUUAUCAGCUUCGAAGGGAAGACUGUCACGCCAAAAGGGCAGAUCAUACUAACAAUACAGACUGGAUCAGAGGUGGUGGAAGUGAACUUUAUCGUGGUCGAUGCCUACUCGCCCUACAUAGCGAUAGUAGCUAGGCCAUGGAUCCAUGCCCUAGAAGCUGUAUCCUCCACACUUCACCAAAAGGUCGGCUCCGAGUUGCCUCCUCAAGAAAAAGAGGAACUGGUCGGGUUUCUGAGAAGAAAUAUUGAUGUGUUUGCAUGGGACGCCUACGAUGCCCCGGGGGUUGACCCUAGCCUUAUUUGUCACCACUUGAACGUUAACCCAUCUUCCAUUCCAAAGAAGCAACCACCCCGACGUCCUUCAAAGGAACAUGCCAGUGUUGUUAGAGACGAAGUGAUGAAGCUGAAAAAGGCAGGAGCCAUUAAAGAAGUUUUUUACCCUAAAUGGCUGGCAAAUACGGUGGUGGUGAGAAAGAAAACGGGAAAGUGGUUACCCUUGAAUGAGCUUCUUGAACGCCUUCCAGGGCUAUCAUCAGAUACCCCUUGCAUUAGAGGAUCAGGAGAAGACGGCGUUCAUGACACCCAUUGGGAACUAUCACUACAAGGCAUUGCCAUUGAGAAAUCACUAAGAUUCGGGUUCUCGGCUACGAACAACGAGGCCGAGUACGAAGCCUUGCUUCAAGGGAUGAUGAUGGUUCGAAAAUUGGGUGGAAGGGCAAUGGAAGCGUUCUCGGACUCCAAAUUGGUCAUUGGCCAAGUGAUGGGCGAGUUAGAAGCUAGAGAUGCUAGAAUGCAGGAAUAUCUCGGCCGUGUCAAACGCCUGUAG